AUGACAGAAAAUGGCACCAUGGUGACAGAAUUUGUUCUGAUGGGGUUCCCGUUGCAGGCAGACCUGCAGAUAGGUCUUUUCUUUGUGUUUCUGGUCGUUUUUCUCAUCACCAUGGUGGGCAACCUGGACAUGAUUGUGCUAAUUCAGACUGACCCUCGGCUCCAGACUUCCAUGUACUUCUUCCUCAGUCAUCUUUCCUUGCUGGACAUUUGCUACUCUUCUGUUAUUGUCCCUCAGUUUCUUGAGACUUUGGGAACUGAUAAGAUGGUUAUCACCUAUGAGCGCUGUGCAAGCCAAUUCUUCUUUUUCACACUCUGUGCUAGCACCGAGUGUUUCCUUUUGGCUGUGAUGGCUUAUGACCGCUACGUGGCUGUGUGUAACCCUCUCCUCUAUGCCAUAGCCAUGACACCACAGACCCGCCUGGGGCCGAUGGCUGGGACAUAUGCUGGUGCCAUAGUCAAUUCUGUGAUCCGCACUGGUUGCACCUUCUCUAUCUCCUUCUGUAAGUCCAACCAUGUAGACUUCUUUUUCUGUGAUCUCCCACCCCUGCUGAAGCUUGCCUGUAGUGAAACCAGGCCAAGGGAAUGGGUAAUCUACCUCUUAGCUUUUCUGGUCAUCACAACCAGCAUUUCAGUGAUUCUUACAUCAUACUUGUUCAUCAUUCAGGCUAUUCUGAAGAUUCGUACAGCAGGUGGCAAAGCCAAGACCUCCACCUGUGCUUCUCACAUGACUGCAGUGACUCUUUUCUUUGGAACACUCAUAUUCAUAUACCUGAAAGGCGACAUGGGCAAGUCGCUUGAGGAAGACAAGAUUGUGUCAAUAUUUUAUACUGUGGUCAUCCCCAUGCUAAAUCCAAUGAUCUACAGCCUGAGAAACAAAGAUGUGAAGGAGGCUCUGAAGAAAGUUUUCAAUAGGAUGAGGGUUUCCCAAACAGAGUAA